GCAACUAUACAAGUCGUGUUCGUUGAAAUAUCUCGGAAGGUUCCCAGCAAUGGACAAACAUCGUGGUGACUGGAUUUGAUCACACAUAUCCAUCUGCUAUCUUUAUUAAGAUCCGUUGUGACCAUCUUAGUUUGUGUAAGGCAAUGGACAGAAAAAGAGGUGCAAGAAUAUCGCAACACGUUUCUUUGCGAUCGGAUUUCGCGGUCGGAAAACCAACAAGUUGUUGAUUCGAAAAUUAUAUGAAACUCAAUCAUUAAGUAAGCUGUAAAAAAGGGGUCGUUUUGAUGUCGAUAUAACGUGAUUUCUGGAUUAAGAAGGUUUCAAUUUCCGAUUUGAUCGCUAGAUUUGUUUGGAACAUAGGCAAUUAGAUUGAAAUUAGCAGACAGAAAGCGGGAGAUGUAAUUCAAGACGGAAAUUCCCGACAUCUUCAUGUCGCAGCACGCGCAGUAUCCGCGCAAGGUGUCAAUGUGCAAUCUGCAGUCAAAUUUAGUCGGAUUUAGAUUUAAUUCCUCUGAAAUCAAAAUUGCAGUUGUUUUGUUUGUCGGAAUAGUAAAUAAAACAGAACUGUGAUCAAUCGUUAUGGGUUAUUUGAACAAAUACGCUCACUAAAUUGUUAGUUUGUCCAUGGUCCCUUGUGCGUGCUUUUGGUGACUGGGGGACCUUCUAUUUGGAGAGGCAGCGUUAGAAUAUCCCCCACUUUUUGUAGCAAUUAUUCUGACAUUGAUAAAGAUUACUCCCCGAUCCCGCUAGAUUAAGCUAUAAAAGGGUUAAACAAAUUCAAAUAAAAGGAAUUAAAUUUGAAAAUCGCUACAGAAAUAAUUACAAGUGCAAUAAAGAUUGUCGCUAAUCACAAUACAAUUAAUUGUAGGCCGAAUGUCAACCCAGUAGUAUAUGAAUUAUCAUUGGACAUUAUUUACCUAUAAUUGAGACAGAUUUGUCCGAGGUAUCACAGAAGAAAUCAAAUCAACUAACAUUAAUUUUCACGGUGCGAUAGUUAUUCCGCAAUAUUGCAUCAUUUUUCUUGCGGCAAAAUUUAUCAGGUGCGCUCUCGUUUUUCCGUGGACUCGAGGGACCAUGGAAAAAAAAAGUCUGAAAAUUUGUAUCUCUUUAUAUUGCUUUUUUUACUGUAAUAUUUACAAAAAAAUCCCAGCGAUUCUUGCUUAGAAACAUUAAAGACAUUCAACAGGACUGCUCAUGCGGCAGUUUUAACAAUCCAACAAGUGUAUUUUAAUGAUGCAGAAUAAUUUACAGAAGUGGUUAAAACGUUUUAACAGCAUUCGUUUAUCAGGUUGACUUCGUUUCUCCAUAUGCAUAAAUUAAAUUAAAAUAAAAAACCAAGAUUUUAAGAUAUUGAAAAAAAAAAUGACGUUACCAAUGAAUGUAAUGUCACAGAAGGAUGUUUUUAUUUUAGCCCUCAAUGCAUUUCUUUUUUUUUUCUUUUUUUUUUUUUUUUAUCUUUUUAGAAAUUCUCUUUCUUUUAUGCUACAUCUCAUUUUAAAGGCUCUAAUACAAUUAGAUAAUUGACUCAAUAUGAAAUGAAAAAACUCCAACAUUUCCCUUUGAUUAAGAUGUAAAGUAUCAAAAACCUACCAUAAUGGGAAUAACUUAUUAUCUUAUCCCCAACCCCUUUCUUACUAAAGCUAAAACCGAACAUAGAAAUUAAGAGCAUAAUUAUCCACUAGGAAAGCGCGCGCAAUACUGCGCGAUCAUUAAGACAUAAUUUGAAUUGACAAAUCGAAGACAAUCGUCGUUUCAACACGAGCGAUGAAUUAUCAUGAUUCUGUUAAUUUGUUUGCGAUUAAGCACGAUUGACACCGUUUUGGACAUGGACAGGUAAAUCGGGUAUUGUCGAGAAUUAUAACAGUAACUUGAUGGCAUUUGUGAAGCGCGAGUCGUGUGACCUCUAACCCUCUGUUGUUUACCUUUAGAAUUUUACCUGAUCGUUGAACAGGAGGUAUUCCUGUUCACAGAAAACUGUUUGUUCAAUUAAUCCUAGAUUGUUAAAUAUGUUUGGUAUCGAGGAAGGUGAUAUAUGUUGCGCGCGCCGGGCGCGUGCCACCUGUCCCUUCUUACCUGGCUCUGUCGUCUGGUCCGGGGCGGUCAUAUCAAAAGCAACUCAGAUAACACGACAAGAUCAAAUCAUUGUAUAAUUUUCAUUUAAGAGUACCGUUAAUUAUCCGUCUGACAAAGAGGGUCCCGGGGUAUAUAGAGAGGGGGACACUGUACCUCGCCAUUCAAACACAAACCUCAGACGCGACGCACGAACAUGAAAUAUUUCGAGGAUUUAGAUAAUGUCGACAGAGUGACGCUGACGACACUAGGACCCCCACGUGACUUUGGAGGGGACCACGACCAGUACCCAGUGGUGUGGAAUAAGGGUAACUUUUUUGAUGAUGGCAUUUUAUCUCGAGCCGAAGUUUUGGCGGCCGUGGACAUACCCAAGCAAUCGUCACAAAACUUAAUGAAACACGAUGGACUUUACCAUGGUCACACGGCGGACCUAGGGGGACACAAUGUUACCCCACCCCGUCAUCAAAUGCAGAUGAACUGCCACACGGGAUUCGGUCCGGGGGACUCUAUGUUGGAACAGUUAACAUCCAACCAUGGGAUGUCGCUUGGCGGGAUGCCUGACAACCACUACAGCAUCGCUAACUCAAUACCCCACAGCCACCACCAAAUGUUCCAGCCCAGCGUCUGUACCAAUCUCAACGCCAUGGGAAGCCACCACACAUUUCCCGGACACCACCCCGUGCACCCCGCCAUACACGAUACAGAGUGCGACCCCCGGGAACUAGAGGCGUUUGCUGAAAGAUUCAAACAACGGAGAAUAAAACUGGGGGUCACACAGGCCGAUGUCGGGGCCGCGCUGGCCAACCUCAAACUACCGGGUGUCGGGUCCCUAAGUCAGAGCACAAUUUGUAGAUUUGAAUCAUUAACUUUGAGUCACAAUAACAUGAUUGCCCUGAAGCCCAUUCUUCAGGCUUGGCUCGAAGAGGCCGAAAGACAAGCUCGAGAGCGAAAGGAAGCGGAAGCUGGUGGUUUAGCUGCCGAACGGAAGCGGAAGAGAACCUCUAUAGCAGCUCCAGAAAAACGUUCAUUGGAAGCAUAUUUCGCGGUACAGCCUCGCCCGUCAGGGGAAAAAAUCGCACAAAUAGCAGAAAAAUUAGACUUAAAGAAAAAUGUUGUCAGAGUUUGGUUUUGUAAUCAAAGACAGAAGCAGAAACGGAUGAAAUUUUCCGCGGUGGCGCCUCACUGAGCCGGGAAAUUUCACAUUGAAUGUGGCAUAUGCACAACUCCACGGGUUCCGGUCGCCUGUAGGUGGACGCGGGGCGUUCCCCGUGGACACUUCCGGUCAAGUUUCUGUCUACCCUGCUGACAAUGUGACAGAAAUUUUCCGGGUACUUAUUUGAUAUGUGAGUAUGUUAUUGGAUUUUAUAUUUUUCGAUAUAUGUGACAGUUUUUUUUUUAGCGUUUUGCGAGCACGGUUCAAGCUAAUAUUUUGUGUUAAAUUUUCUGUGUGAAAUCGUCAGACUUUUCUUUUAGUAUAAAAUGAAUGUUUCAUUGGAAAUAUUUGUACUUGUACCUACUUAUUUAAUCAACUAUUUAUUUUAUAUUUCCUACAUGCAAUGAAUAAUUUAUAUGUUUCUUAAGAGAUGUUAUUUAUUUUGUUAAUUUAUAUUAUUUAUUGGUGGUUUAUUUUACCUGUCUCAUUAUGUAUAAUACAUUUUUGUGAUCAUUAAAAUCAGAAGAAAACCUAAACGAUUGAUCCAUUAGUUACAAAUUGCAUAGGGAUAAAAUUCGAUAGAAAUAGGGCCGUUUAUUGAAAUGUAUAAAAAAUGUAAUUGAUUUUUUAAUGUAAAUUUCGACAGCAUUUUAAAAGCAACAUUUCAGAAAUUUCAUAAUUAGAAGAAAGUAAAUUUCGACUGUUCAAAGCAGCACAUUUUUAAUCUCCAAACCUGAUUAUACCUGCCGCUCGAUAGAAACUUUGUGAAAUUACUGUCAACAUAUUGUCUUUGAUGUUGCCUUUGCAAGUCACAGUUGAGUUUUCAGGCUAUAAAAACGAGCUUUAUUUCUGACAUUAGCAGACUGGAAUUCUCUGUUUCUCUCUUACAAAGAAGACAAUAUCAUUAACGGUACAAGCAUUAGCGGAUUGAGCGUUUUAUUGUUGGUCCAGAAGUACUCUACACAGAGUAGCACUCCGGGGGAAGUCCCUGGGCGCGCACCUGUCUCCCGUCACAAAUUGAUCUCUGUAUUCCACCGUUCUUAUUUGUUUGUUUUUGUUAUCAAAUUUGUUGGUGUACAAAUGAAAACUGAUUUCAUCAAGUGAUUGUGUAUUUCAUUUGUAAAAUAAAAUAUGAGA